ACUCUGCCCACUAGCGCGGUCAAAGGUGCAACACCAAUUGCAGUGAAUGACCUAGAUUUGUCUCAGUCGUAUAAUCAACCGAUACAGGACUCUGAGUCGUCGGGCCUUUCAAGAGGAUUGAUCGAGUAUCUCAAUCUCAUCGAGAAGAUCCCAUACCCAGCGUCGACUAUUCUCUCAGCGCAGUAUUCUCAGUACAGGAUCGAGAGCUAGGUCAUAUAAGCAGCUCCAAACGGGACGAAAUAGUUCGGAUUUUCAAGAGGCUAUCUACGAUAAAGAUUCCACCGUCGUUCAUGGACCUUGCCAAUGAGCCGUGCCACGAUGGUUUUGCCAGCUGGUACAGGAAUAAUGAAGCCCUCAUGGGAAGCUGCAAAGCCGCAUGCUUCCAACGACCAGUAGGUAUUCCGAACUUCUUGACAAUGCCAUAUCUCGACAGUAUUGUCAGAGAAAACGUAGGCCGGACUCAAGAGGGGUCAAUUUCGAUAUCGCUGAUUGAUUCUGUCAUGGCCUUUGGAUAUCAAGCCUACCUCACCUUCUCCCAGCGCCCUGUUAAUUCAGAGGAAAGAAACAGCGCCCUCCAAUAUGCGAAGAUACCAUUAAGAUCUCGUGCUAGUAUUUUACGCUCGCCCAACACUCUACUAAAAUUCCAGACAAUUUUAGCAAUGACAACUAUCUCGGAGCAAAUUGAUGAGAUCAUUCACUGUGAGCUUAUAGCAGGUGCUGUCAGCUGUGCUAGGGCGUUGAAACUCGAUUACUGUAAUUCAAUGUAUGGACCGAAUAUGAGCAACAAGGAUAGGGAUCUUGCGAGGAGGAGUCUAUGGUAUCUAUACUCAAUCGAGGCCCCUCAGUGUCUGCGGCAUGGAGUUUCUCCAGUACUCAGCCACAACUGGAUUGACCAUGCCCCACCUAAAUCCGGCACGGAGAUAGACUGGUUUUCUGUCCAAUGUCUUUACGCCAUUGUUAUCAGCUCUGCAGCCGAGAUGCUGUAUACCCAGCGAGCGCUCAGACAGUCCCUCACAGAGCGGGAGCAGAAGUUGAAGACAGCUUUCGAAAUCUUGGAGGGUUGGAGAAAACACCUCCCGACUCCUCUGCAGGAGAUUCAUAAGCAGAACACGCACCUGACCCUCGACGACCUUUACGUGCGCGAUGUCACUCUGUCCAUCUUCCGCCAGUACCAUGAAGCUGUCUACAUGAUAUGCUUCCCCUGGGUGGGCAACCGGUCAGAUGGUCGGGUCUCGGAAGACUGUCGAAGAAAAUGCGGGGAGUUAUGCGUCAACUCUGCACAAGUGGUGUUGGCGAUCGCGAAUCAAAUUCUGAACAUGGAAAUCAUCGAUAGCAAAUUUCUCGACCUCAUUGCGUCGUCCAUCUGCAUUAUAUUCCUGGACGUAGCCACAUGGAGCACCGCCGAGAAGAGCUUUUCAUACCUAAGUAUGGGUUGUGGUGUUUUCGGUAGGUUAACAGUAUUAGAUAAAGAGGUGCCGUUUGCAGAUGUCUUGGAGCUCGCGCGUACGGCGCAACAAAUCAAGGGCAAAUGAGCGUGUGACUGUACUAAUAUAGAAAACUUAACCACACGAGCUCUUAGAAAUCAAUUGGCGUUUAGACAUGUCAUGGGUCUUGUCUCAUAUGUAAGGUAGCCAAGGCAUAUUCUAGAGUAUAUGGUCAGAGAGCCUUGAAUAAGAAGGCGAAGAAGGGUAAGGUACUUCUCUGUUAUGACUCACAUGACCUAGUGGGAGGCACGGGACACGGAAGUCACGUGACGGAUCCGAGGGAGCCCAAACGGUAGGUCUGGGGUCCAUCGGACUCCACGGGGUCCACUGGGAUCCAUGAGCAGGAAGGUUCUAUAUAAGCAGAUAGGUUUCCCUUAGAUAGGAGCUUCGUGCUCAACUCAAAUAUAGUUUCUUAACCCAAGCUAUAGUAACACCUGAGUUGUUACUCUUCUAUUCUCUUGGUUAAUCAUGUGGUC